AUGCAGUGGCGGGGGGGUAGGGCGCGGGGCGGGGCAGUGCAGCGGCGGCGGGGCAAUCAGUCGCAUCGUGACCGCGCGUCGCGCUGCGUGUGCGUUUGUUCUAUGCGCGCCGUACACCCGGCUCCGAACACGGACGAGCACGAGAUGGUCUCCGUGGGCGCGUGGAGGCGUCGCACGCCCGACGAAUGCGAGGAGCGCUCCGAGCCCGGCGCCUCCAGCUCGGCCGUGCCGCGCGCGCCGCCCAACUGCGCGAGAUGCCGCAACCACCGUCUCAAGAUAGAGUUGAAGGGCCACAAACGCUACUGCAAGUACCGAUAUUGCACCUGCGAGAAAUGUCGCCUCACAGCGGAUAGACAGCGGGUCAUGGCGUUGCAAACCGCUCUCCGAAGGGCCCAAGCGCAGGAUGAGGCUAGAGCCCGCGCUAUAGAGUCAGGAUCCCAACCCCCUGGAGUGGAACUGGACCGACCAGAGCCUCCGUUGGUAAAGGCACCGCGAAGCCCGGUGAUUCCUCCGGCACCCUCCAGGUCUCUGGGUUCGCCUAGCUGUGACUCUAUCCCGGGAUCGCCCGGAGUGUCUCCAUAUGCGCCACCACCGCCUUCGGCGCCCCCGCAGCCGGCCAUGCCGCCUCUAUUGCCGCCGCAACAGCCCGCGGUAUCACUAGAGUCUUUAGUGGAAAAUUGUCAUAAGCUGUUAGAAAAGUUUCACUAUUCGUGGGAAAUGAUGCCCCUCGUGCUCGUCAUCCUAAAUUACGCGGGGAGUGAUUUGGAAGAGGCGUCUCGGAAGAUAGACGAAGGAAAGAUGAUAAUCAACGAGUACGCGAGGAAGCACAAUUUAAACAUCUUUGACGGUCACGAACUGCGGAACUCGACUCGCCAGUACGGACUU